AUGUCCAACACAGACGUGUUUGACAUGAAGCCGGAAAAUCCAGACCACUAUUCCAUAUUUGACAUAUGCUCCCAAGAUGGAGCCUUAACAGGACUGAGAGAAGUUAACCCCGUCCUUAAAAACAGUCCUAUUGGGGAUCUGACCAAAGACAAGCUGGACGAUGAAGGGUCCAAGGAUGUCAAGGAGAUCUCUGAUAAGAUGGCCUGCUUGGCCUGCAGAUGCUCCUUCAUUAACCGGGAAGAACAGAUGGAACACUACAAGCUGGACUGGCAUCGGUUUAACUUGAGACUGAAGAUAUCAGGAAACCUGCCGGUAACUACUGAGGAGUUUGAGAGGAAGACUGGAGCUGGAGAUGUAUCGAGUAUCUCAGGUUCAGAGUCCGACUCAGAGGAAGAAGUUUCAGAUGAGCAUCAGGAAGAGGCAAGCUGGAAUGCCGAUCGUGGGGAUAAUGACUAUUCAGAUGAUGUCAGUUUACCUGGAAGGCUAUCCACCAAAGUGGUGUUCCAAAAUUCAGGCGGACAAUACCUGUCGGUCUACCGCUGCAUUCUACAUGGAAAGUCAGAUAAAGAACAAGACUUGGAGCGCUGUUUAAAGUCCAUCACCCAGAAAACACUAUGGAUAAUUUUUAUGACAGGCGGCGGCCAUUUCGCUGGUGCAGUUUUCCAGGGGAAAGAAGUCCUUCAGCACAAAACCUUCCACCGAUACACUGUGCGGGCAAAAAGGGGCACCACUCAAGGACUCAAGGAUUCUCAAAACAAGAUUCACGCGCCAAAGUCUGCAGGUGCAGCGCUAAGACGCUACAACGAGGUGGCACUAGUCAAGGACAUUCAGGAGCUCUUGGCAAAUUGGGGAGAACACUUAAAGGAAGCAUCUGCUAUAUUCGUACGAGCUCCAAGCUACAAUAAAACUAUCUUCUUCGGAGGCCGUGCGAGUCCAUUGGACAAAAAGGACACUAGGGUCCGCACCAUACCCUUUCCCACACGGAGGGCAACAUUUCGUGAAGUUCAGCGAGUGCACAAUAUGCUUUCCGCAGUUCUGCUUUAUGGGAAGGAUGCUGACAUGUCCACUUUUAGCAGUCCAUCAAAGAAGGCAUGGAAGAAGACUGUCCAACCUGCUGCACCAGUGAGGACUGAAAAAGAGGAAGAAGCAAUCCAAAGCAGCUCAGAUGAGGAGCCAGAUGCGAAAAUCCAUCUUGAAAUGGUGGAGUUGACUAUCAAUACACAGGACCUUAAAGAGUAUGACAUACAAUCGGCCAGACACAAUCGGAGAAGGAGAAGAAGGAAGAAGAAAGACGAGGAAAACAAACAUGACGAAGAGGAUGCAGGAGAACUAAGCAACACAGAAGUAGAUGACAUUGCCCAGGAAGAUGACACUCGUCAACAGACACAACCGAAAAAGAAGCAUAGGAGGAAGAAACGAGUGGAAGAAGCAGUGGAUGACUCGUGGGAGUACAGCCUGAGGGACGACCUCUUCACAGCCUGCAAAGUCGGGGAUGUGGAUGCGUUGUGCCGUCUCCUUCACCUUUCCGGAGAGCCACGGGAGCAGUCAUUGGUGGAGGCUGUGGAUGGCACCAAUCCUUUAAAUCUUCUUAACAAGCAGAUCGACUCCUCGGGGUUCACUUUGCUGCACGUCGCAUCAGCGGCCGCUCAGAAAGAUGUCAUGAGAAUGCUGUUGGAUGCUGGAGCUGACCCGGCAUGCAGUGAUAAAAAAGGGCAGACCCCAUAUAACGUCAGCCCCGACAAAGACACAAGGAACGUGUUUCGUAAAUACAUGGGUGAAAAUCCUGACAAAUACGACUACAACAAGGCUCGGGUUCCCGGACCUCUAACAGCGGAGAUUGAAUCUAUGAAAACUGAGAAGAAGAAGGCUCAAAAGAUGCUGAAAAAACAACGUGAAAAGACCCAGAAGGAGGAGAAACUGAAACAGGAAAUGGAAUUGGAGGAAAAGAAGAAAUUUGCAUCUUUAUCGGAUCGAGAAAAGAGAGCUUUAGCAGCUGAGAAGAGGUUAGCAGCGCAAGUAACUGCAUCUGGAGCCAACCUUUCCAACAUCAGGAGAUGCUGGCAGUGUGGAGAGUCUCUGCUUGGAAAGAUCCCUUUCCGGUACUUGGAUUUCUCUUUCUGCACACCUCGCUGUGUGCAAGAACAUCGCAAAGCUAAUGCGCCAGCAGAAAAGAGCUAA